AUGGCGGCGUCUCGUCUGGUUCCCAGAUUACAUUGCCUUAAGAAUAGGCUGCCCUUAUCUCCACCCUCACUGAUUUCUAUCUGCUACCGUUGUCAUCAAUCAGUUUCAAUCCCCUGUGCCGAUGACGUUAACCACGACGGCGGCUCCAAUUCAUGGUCGUCACCGCCGGUGGAACAAUCUCUGGCCCGCUCAAUCUGUUCCUUGGUAAGCGAAUCGUUCUGGCAGCGAACUUCUCACGCGAGUAAAUCGCCUCCAGAGCUCGUUCUGGGGAUAAACCCUGAGGAUUUGUCCCGCGAACAGGCCAUCACAGUUGUUGCUUCGCUUGCGGAGCAAGAGGGCUCGAUGGUGGCUCUUAGUUUCUUCUAUUGGGCGAUUGGGUUCCCCAAGUUCAGACAUUUCAUGAGGUUUUACAUUGUCUCUGCUACUUCUGUACCUGGGAACAAGAAUUUUGAGGUAGCUCAUGAAGUGAUGCGGUGUAUGGUGAGGAGUUUUUCUGAGAUUGGGAAGUUGAAGGAGUCCGUGAACAUGGUUAUUGAGAUGCGUAACCAGGGAUUGGCAUUGAGCUCUAGGACAAUGAACUAUAUAAUCGAGAUUGCUUGUCAGAUGGGCCUGUUUGAGUAUGCAGAGGACGUGUUUGAUGAAAUGCGUGUUAGAGAUGUGUGUCCGGACUCGACUAGUUACAAGUUGAUAGCUUUGGCUUAUUGCAGAAUGGGGAAAGUGUCAGUUGCAGACAGGUGGUUAGGGGAUAUGGUUGAGAGAGGUUUUCUUGUUGAUAAUGCUACUUGUACUUUGAUGAUUACCGCAUUUUGUGAUGAAGGGCUUGGGAAUAGAGCUUAUUGGUAUUUCAAUAAGUGGAUUCAAAUGGGUUUGAAACCAAAUUUGAUUAACUUUACUGCUCUGAUCAAUGGGUUGUGCAAGAGGGGGAGCAUUAAGCAAGCAUUCGAGACGUUAGAGGAGAUGGUGCAGAAUGGGUGGAAGCCAAAUGUUUAUACUCAUACGGUCUUGAUUGAUGGGCUGUGUAAAAAAGGCUGGACCGAGAAGGCAUUUAGGUUGUUUCUUAAGCUUGUUAGAAGUGACAAUUACAAGCCAAAUGUACAUACUUAUACUUCCAUGAUUAAUGGGUAUUGCCAAGAGCACAAGUUGACUAGGGCAGAGAUGUUAUUCAGCAGGAUGAAGGAGCAGGGAUUGGUCCCCAAUACCAAUUCGUAUACUUGUCUCAUCAAUGGACAUUCUAAAGCCGGAAAUUUCGAAAGAGCGUAUGAAUUAAUGGAUAUCAUGAGUAAAGAAGGUUUUGCUCCUAAUAUAUUUACUUACAAUUCUCUUCUGAAUGGGUUAUGCAAAAAGCAGAGGUUUUGGGAGGCUUAUGAACUGCUUAAGACGGGAAUCCAAAGUGGACUACAGGCUGAUAAGGUGACUUACACCAUCCUCAUGUGUGAGCAUUUCAAGCAGGCUGAUUACAAGUGUGGCCUCGCAUUUUUCAGUAAGGUGUUCAAAAAUGGAUUCCAACACGACAUGCAUACGUAUAACGCACUGAUUGCUGCUAGUUGCAGACAGAAAAAGAUGAAGGAAAGUGAGAAAUUCUUUGAGGAAGCUGUUAGUCUUGGUUUGGUUCCUACAAAGGAAACAUACACAUCCAUGAUAUGUGGAUAUUGUCGAGAUGGAAAGGUCAGCUUGGCUAUGAAAGUUUUCAGCAAGAUGAAAGAGCGUCGAUGUUUGCCCGAUAGUUUUACCUAUGGAGCUCUAAUAAGCGGGCUCUGCAAAGAAUCCAAGUUGGAUGCGGCCCGUCAGUUGUAUGAUACGAUGUUCGAUCGUGGCCUGUCCCCGUCAGAAGUGACCCGUGUGACAUUAGCAUAUGAGUACUUUAAACAAGAUGAUUCUGCAACUGCAAUUAUCAUCAUGGAGCGCUUGGAGAAGAAGUUGUGGAUUCGUACCGCUACUACAUUGAUCAGGAAGCUUUGCAGUGAGAAGAAAGUGGGGAUUGCCUCACUUUUGUUUCAUAAAUUGCUGGACAAGGAUUCAAAUGUUGAUCGUGUAACUUUGGCUGCAUUCACCACAUCUUGCUAUGAGUCCAACAAGUAUGCUCUUGUCUCUGACUUGUCAAAGAGAAUUUCUCGAUGA